GGAGGAAAGUGAGUGGGUACAAAGUAAGUCAGAGGUGAACAGAAACAAAUGAGAUGAAAUAAAAUCAGCAAAGAAAAAGGAAGGACGUUGACACAGCAGAAAGGAAAGAGGAAGAGGAAAGCAGCUUUAGUGGCAGUUUGUGCUGCUGUGACUAAAUGCUCUCCAUGGAGGACACGCAGGUGGUCAGGCAUGUUCAGCUGAAUGACGGCACACGUAUGCCGCUGCUGGGUCUGGGAACAUGGAAGUCCUUUCAGCAGACGUCCAUCCAGGGUGCUGUGGAGGCCGCCAUCGCAGCCGGAUACCGCCACAUUGACACUGCCUACAGCUACAAAAAUGAGGUGGAAAUCGGCAAAGCUCUGAGGUCCAAGAUGGAGCAGGGAAUCAUCCGGCGGGAGGACAUGUUCAUCGUCAGUAAGCUGUGGUGUACCUAUUUCGCCCCAGAGGACAUUGCAGUCUGUCUCAAUAAGUCCUUACAGGAUCUCCGACUGGACUACCUGGACCUUUACCUCAUACACUUUCCUGUCGGCUUGAAGAAAAUGGGCGAUGAGCUUUUUCCGAGGAAGGAUGAGAAGAUCCUGACAUCAGACACAGAUUAUGUGGAUGUGUGGAGGGGGAUGGAGGCUCUGCAGUCCACAGGAAAGGUGAAGAGCAUUGGAGUGUCAAACUUCAGCAUCCUUCAACUGGAGAGACUUCUAGCUCUCUGCAAAGUUCCUCCUGCUGUUAAUCAGGUGGAGCUCCAUCCCUACAUGGUGCAGACAGAUCUCAUGGAGUACUGCAAAUCCAAAAACAUCAUGCUGACCGCCUACAGCCCCUUUGGUUCACCUGGAAGACCCUCAGAACUCGUCUGCUGGAGGAACCUCCCAGCCUCCGGUUGUUUUAUCUGUUGCAGGAAAAGAGGCGAAGCUGAUCCCCAUAAGCUGCUGGAAGACCCUGUUGUUGCAGAUAUAGCUGGGAAGCACAGACGCAGCCCUGCACAGGUAUUGCUGAGGUAUCACGUGCAGCAGGGUAUUCCAGUCAUCCCUAAAAGUAACAAACCCCAUCACAUCCUGGAAAACACAAAGAUCUUUGACUUUAGCCUCACUGAAGAGGACAUGGCAGCCCUGAAAGGCCUGGACCGAGGCUGGAAGGCCUGCAUACUUGAAGAAAUCAAGGCCCACCCAUACUACCCAUUUGAGUGAUGCAGCCGGAGGAGAGAUGAUGCCAAACUGGACCGAGUGAUGCUCAAACUUCAACAAACAGCACCAAAUGAGCCGUUCUUCGAAAUGAAAGUUCCUCCUGUAGGUUUUGAUGGUGUUAGUUUACAGCAGUGACACGAACACCCCUUAGUGUGUAACAGGUGGUCCAGUUCCCCUGAUUGGUUCAGAUUAACACAGCCUACAUAUUAAAGUACAAUAAAGAAAGAGCACCCUAAA